CUUUUUUGCGCAAGUCUAAAAUUCUCUUCAGUUGCUGUGAAUGUUCUAGAAAUUCGAACGCCGCGACCAGGGAAUUGCGAUUUAACUUGUGUGAAAGAUCCGGGCGUGAAGGGAUUCAAUGGCCGUUCUGUUGGACAUCCGGCGCCUCGAGCCGAUGAUGAACCACAACGAAUCGUCGGCCAACCUCACCACCCUCACGCACGAGCCAGUGUCCUUCGGAAACCCCACCUUCCAGGAUGAUCUCCAACCAGACGACACAUGGUCUCCAACGACUCCCGCUGUCACGGUCAACAUGCUCGACUCGGCCACGAACAACAACGACAGCCGUCUCGAUGACCAGAACAAGCCUAAGAAAGCGGGACUCAGUUCUUCCGAUUCUGGAAUUCUGAUCUGCGUGCCUGUCAGUUCUUCCAACGAUGACAAUUCUUCCUUGGGAGAGAAGAGCCUGGAUUCCGGAGUUUUCGAAAAUGGCGGGGGCGGCGGGGAUGGAUGGUCCCCCGGCGAUGCGCCCCGCAAGGAGAAGGCAGGAGCUUCUCCUGAGGAGCAAGAGAGCUUACUGGCCAUUUGCAUCCAGGUCUUCAUUCCUUUCCUCAUUGCUGGCGCUGGAACUUGCGGAGCUGGGAUAGUACUGGAUCAUGUGGAAGACUGGUCCGUGUUUCAGAACGUCACCGAAUUAUUUAUCCUCGUGCCGACGCUUUUGGGUCUGAAAGGGAACCUGGAGAUGACUUUGGCUUCGAGAGUUUCAACGCAGGCUAAUCUUGGCAAGCUGGAGUCUGCGAAGGAGAAAUGGCAAAUGGCGUGGGGAAAUAUGGCUCUUAUACAA